CACCAACACUACAAAAGGGCCACUGUCUUUGAAGCUGUCAUGAAUCUGGAACAAUAGUCAUUUUGCUAGCAGCACACUUCUUGCAGGCUGUUUGGUUUGAACUUUAAAACAAAAAAUGUCUUCUGGAUUUUUUGUGAGAGUGCUUGUGCUCUCACUGUUGACUUUGGGGCAGCAAGCAAAGGCACUCGGCUUCAGAAGUGGAGGCUCCGGUGGCAUUAGCCCUCACUUUGAUUUUUCAAGAAGCCUCAAACCUGCUUCCACUUCCAGUUAUGAAAGACAUUCACAGCCUGAAGGGUUUCUGGGUAGAUCUGUACCCAGUUACACUAAAGGUGGUUCAGCUGCUGCACUGAGUGCAGGAGGUCCUAGAAGUUAUCAUGUUUCUUCUGGUAGGCACGUAGCUGGUUACAGUCCAAAAGGAAGUGUUUCUAGUUACAGGCCUGUAACCCAGCCACCUCAAAAUAACCCUUAUGCACAGGGUGCCAUUCAAUCCAAAACUGGCAUGUGGAGCAAACUUCUGAGUGGAAACGUGUUUGAGUCUGGUAUUGCUUCAAGUUAUGGAAUUAAGAUGCUUUCUGUUCCCCAACCUGAGCUAGAAUCUGCUGUGCCAUCCAAGCGUCCGGGCUACGAGUCCAAGCCCCAGCGUCCGGGCUACGAGUCCAAGCCCCAGCGUCCGGGCCACCAGUCCAAGCCCGAGCCCCAGCCCCAGCGUCCGGGCCACCAGUCCAAGCCCCAGCCCCAGCGUCCGGGCCACCAGUCCAAGCCCCAGCCCCAGCGUCCGGGCCACCAGUCCAAGCCCCAGCCCCAGCGUCCGGGCCACCAGUCUAAGCCCCAGCCCCAUCCCCAGGGCUACCAGUCCAAGCCCCAGCGUCCGGGCCACCAGUCCAAGCCCCAGCCCCAGCCCCAGCAGCCGGGCCACCAGUCCAAGCCCCAGCAGCCGGGCCCCCAGCCCCAGCAGCCGGGCCACCAGAGAUACAUUCCAAUGGCAUCCCCGGACCAUCCUAGGUGGCAGCAGCAACUGCCGCCUGUGUACAACAGACAUCAUUGACCUUGAGUAUCCUAACUAAAUGCGUUUCUAAAGUUCCUUGAAUAUUUGAUUUUCGUUAUGCUUAAGGGAGGAUAAAAGUGUAAUUUUACUGUACAGGAAACAUUCCAAAAGAAAAUCCUUAAAUCAUGGUAAAUGCAUUGUGAAUUGGCUAUAUAUUUUUUUUUCUGUUCCUGACUUCUUCCUGGAAGCAGUACGUCCUGGCAUUAAAUGUUGUGAUUUCAAUAAAGUACUUGCGACGCA